AUGACUCCAUCCCCCAAGUUUGCGACGUGGAUAUUUGAUCCCUAUGCGUGGAGCUCCCAUAGAGAUAAAGUGUUUAAAAAAAUAUCUUGCAACCUCGUUUGCGCUCCUCGAGUAGAACCAUCACAAAUUGGCGGCCAUGCAGAUAUACUCCAGAAGCUGGAUGCCAUUGAGACCCAACUCACUGCCAUUAAAAAAUCUCUAACAGACAAAAUGCCAGAAAAAGCCGAGGUGCAGGCACAAAGUAAAUUAUUGCGCGAAUGCCGCGUCAUAGCGGCAAAGAUGCAUCAUUCAAUUAGCCGCAUCACCGGUGACUUGGAGGACGAGUAUUACGUGGAGCUCGCUUCGAAACUGCCCAUGUCAUCGAAAGAGCACGUGCGCUUCGUGGAAGACAAACUUUCACAAAAGGAAGUCACUGACGCUAUGAUGCGGCUAAUAUGGAAGUCAAAGGGCGCAAAGGGCAGUGUGGACGGCGUACUGCGUGGUAUGUUUUCUGACGAUCUAAUGUACCACUACAAUUUAGAGGGGCGCAAGGAGAAGGGAUCCUUACUAAAGCUAAAAGUCAUAGGGUUAGUCUUUGGUAGGGUUAUUUACUGAUAUAUACAGGGUGGCUGAUGAAUUUUGCUUUUUUUCAGUGUAUGGAAUUCAUUUUUCUUUUAUUCAUGUUAAAGCUCAUUCAAUUUUAUUAAAUAUAGCUUAAUUAGUUUUAAAAAUAAUGGAAUUUAAAUGCCCCCCUGCUCGUUGAUGCAUGUGCGGCAUCUUACCAAAAAGUUAUUCAUUACUGCUUGGAGAGUUAAGACAGGAAUAACCGCUAUUGUAUCUCGAAUGGAUUGCCUUAGUUCAUUCAAAUUUUUUGGUUUUGCUUUGUAGACUUCCUGUUUGCAAUAACUCCACAAGAAAAAGUCAGGUGCAGUAAGGUCAGGCGAGCUGGGUGGCCAACGGAAUGUGGAGUUUCUGGAUAUCAGCUUAUUGGGAAAUUUUCGUCGCAAUUCUGUCAUAACAGGUUGUGCUAUGUGAGGAGCUGCACCAUCUUGCUGAAACCACAGAGAGUUGAAAGAAAUUCUCAUUUGGCGUAGUUCUGGAUAGAAAAACUCUCUCUACAUGGUCAAGUAACGGUGUCCAGUAAACGUAACGGUGUGACCGUUUUCUUCGAAGAAGUAGCGCACGAUGAAACUGCACACCACAUUGUGACACGAAGUGGAUGCAAUUCCGUCUCAUGGAGUAUCUGUGGGUUGGAAGAACUCCAUAUUCGAUAAUUUUGUUUGUUUAUGUUGCCGAUUAAAUCGAAAUGGGCCUCGUCAGACAUGAAAAACAGUUCAACAUGUUUCUAUCCUCUUCCACCAUUUGAAGCAUCUUCUGGCAAAAUUCCAAGCGAGUCGGCAAGUCUGCAGCGUUCAGUUUGUUGGCCAUUUGAAUUUUAUAUGGGAAUAAGUCCAAAUUUUUUGUGCAUAAUUGACUGUAAUGACUGUCUGCUUACACCCAUUUGAGCAGAUAAGCUUCUUGUCGAAACACGUGGAUUGUUUUGUAUGGCAGCGGCUACAGCAGCGAUUGUUUCCUCAGUUCGAACUGAAUGGUUUCGAUGCUAAGAUCUUCUGUUGACUGUUCCAUGCUCGGCAAAAUUGUUUACAAGUCUCAUUAUGGUCCAUAUACUCUCUUUGAACCGAAACUACGGACUCCAGUGCGUGAUAGCGGCGGACAAUCCAAAUUCUUGUUUCAGUGUCCCAGUUAUCCAUUUUUGUUAAAUGUAAAAGUCAAUCUGCAAAAUAAAAAAAAAAUUAACCAGAUUCAUUAAAUAGAAAAAAAAUUAUUUAAUUUUUUUUUUGGUAGCGGAUUUCAUCAGCCACCCUGUAUUUGAAUGCCUUAUACCGUUUCAUUUUAGAUAUAUUUCCUGACAAGGAUAAAAACAUUAUCGGUGGGGAGCUCCGGAGAUUUGUGGCCUUAAGUCACAAUCGUUUUAAGCAAAGCUUAACUUAAGGCAAAUUUAAUAUAAGUUUUCUUAUUAUUACUUAUAUAUAUUAGUUUUAAGUUGUAAAUAUUAGUUCUAAGUUGUACAUAUUAGUUUUAAGUAGCACAUAUUAGUUUUAAAUUGUAUAUAUUAGUUGUAAGUUGUACAUACUAGUUUUAAACUGAAGUUACUAAUUUUACUUUUAUAAAUAUGAAUUUUUAGAAUUAUAAUUUUUAUACUGAAAUAAACUUAAUUUGUAUUAUUUUUCUGCCGAAUGUAAUAAUAAUAGGCAAAUUAUUUGUUUAAGUAAAUAUUUGAUUAUUUUGAUUUUAUUAUUAAAUAAAGCGAAAUAAUAAAAAAAACUGAGUUUUAUUUAAAAGAAUUGAAUUUGCUAGAAGUAACAAUUGGGUAACAGAUUAUCUUGUUACUGCUUGUUCUUGCUAAUAAAUUUUUUAAUGUUAUAGAUAACAAACUGAUAACUAAAAUAAUAACACUAACAGAUAUUCGGUUAACAAAUACUUUUUGUUAUCCAUAACACAUAGGUAAGCUAUGCGCUAACAAAAGUAUUUGUUACCCGUAACAUACUGUGAAGAGAUUUGCUAACAAAUGUAUUGUUACAAAAGUAGUAUUAAGUUGUAUUUGUAUUACUAUAUGCAUCCCUGAUUAUGAACAAUAGCUGUAGGUAUAUGGAAUAGCAUUUGUCUUGUUGUAGACAUCUGGCGCCGCACUGUCUGCUUGUCUAGUUAAACAGUUGCUGAGUCUGGCGCCGCGACUGUCUGCUCGCGUCUGGCGCCGUAUAGCCGUAUGUUCUGGUAAUUUCCAGACGCGAUAUUCUAGAAGGACACGUCGGCAUCAGCGAGAAGUGCGUGGCUAUAUAAGCCGUGGCAGCGCCAACGUAAUCAAUCAGUGCUAAGAGUAAACUGCUAUAGUGUAGACGAGUUGUGAAAUAAAGAGUUGUUGAAUUAAAUUAAACAGUGUUGAUUUUAUUUGUCAAUCCAGAGAUACGAACCUAACAAAGUAAACUAGCAAGAGUAAAUUCGUAACAAUUGGUG